AUGAAAAAGUUGAUUAUAAUUUUGAAUUUUGUCUUAAUUGUGACGUUACUAAUAGGUGCUAUUGUAUGGGGUGCUAUUAUGACUCAUAAAUUUAGUCAAAUCAAUAAAGAAAACAAAAAUUCACCAUCCAUUUACUCAGAAGAAUUUGAUUUCAUUGUCGUUGGACUUGGUGCUGGUGGUUCAGUCAUUGCUUCUCGUUUAUCUGAAGUGCCAAGUUGGACUAUAUUAGCUUUAGAUGGUGGUCCACAUGAACAAUUUUCUGAUACUGAUUUGGAUCCAAAUGUUCGAUUUCUACCAUAUAGUUUUGUAUCUCCACAUGAUCCAGUUGUUACUAGUUUACCAUUGUCAGCUGGUAACAAUAAAAUAAUGUAUAUACCUCGUUUUAAUGGUCUUGGUGGUACAGGUCGAUUAUAUGGUGGGAUUAAUACUCGACCAUCACCAACAAUUAUGCGUCGUUGGCCAAAUAAUUGGACUUAUGAUGAUUUAUUACCAUAUUAUAAAAAAAUUGAAGAUCAUUAUUGUUAUUAUUAUGAUGAAAAUAUAACUGGAAUAUCUAAUGAUAAUUGUCGAAAAUAUCAUGGUCAAUAUGGUCCACUUCAAGUUAAUCCAACUUAUUUUCUUGAAUUUGCUAAUGUAUCAAAAUUCUUUGAACCAAUAUGCAAAGAUUCAAAUCAACUUUGGGGUGGUUAUAAUGCUGAUAUAAAUGGUGAAAAUUACCUUGGUUGUUCUCUUUUUCAACGCUAUUUCAAUCGACAAGGAAAUAGAACUGAUGAACAAUCUGAUUAUUAUUUAGGUACAUCAUUUCAAGGUUAUAUAACACCAUCUGUAAUAAAUCGUACGAAUCUUCGUAUUCGACCAGCUACUAUGGUUACUAAAAUAUUGUUUAAUACAACAACUACCACUAUUCCUAAAGCUAUUGCAGUUCUUAUUCAAAAUAAUACAGGUACCUAUACAAUUAAAGUAAAUAAAGAAAUAAUAUUAGCUGGUGGUGCAUUUGGAACGCCACAUCUUCUUCAAGUAAGUGGAAUCGGUGAUCCAUCAGCACUUCUUAAUGCUCAAAUUCCAUUAAUAGCUGAAAAUUAUUAUGUUGGAAAAAAUCUUCGUGAUCAUGUUGCAAUUCCUAUGGUAUUUCAAUUAAAAAAUGCUUUUUCAGCAUUUCCAAAUAUUAAAAAAAAUUUAACUGGAUAUAUUAAAUCUAUACCAAAUGGUAGCAAAUCAUGGAUAAUAUCUCUUAAUGCUGGAUUACGACAAGAUAAUAUAACAGAUUUACAAAUUUAUUUUUCUGAUACAAAUUAUCAUUCACCUGAUUAUUUUACUAAUCCUCAACCACGUCAAUGUCGAUUUGGUUCUAAUGGUUAUCGUGAAACACCAGCAGAGAUUACAUUAAGAAUGAUUUUACAAGAUCCAUCAUUUUUAGGUAAUGUUACUCCAAUUUCGGAUAAUAUUCGUGAUAAACCUAUUAUUAAUUUUAAUUGGAAAUUAAUUAAUGAUUAUGAAUAUAGUGUAUUCGAAAUUAGUAUUAAAAAAUUUCGAAAUUUAAUCAAUAAUACUGUUUGGGGAAAUCUUAUGGGAGAUGAGGUAUUUCCUGGUAUUAAUGAACCAUUAAAAGAUUUUAUUAAUGGUCAUUUAGAAUCUGCAUUACAUCCAAUUUCAACAUGUCAAUUAGGAUUAUGUUGUAAUACUCGACUUCAAGUAAAUAAUAUAACUAAUGUUCGAGUUAGUGAUGCUUCAGCAUUUGGUCAUCAAGUUGAUGCAAAUCCAUCUGCUACUAUAUUUGCAUUAGCAGAAAAAUUAGCAGAUAUUAUCAAAUUUGAUUACAAUGUACAUUCUCUUAAACAUCGAUUCAAAAGGGCAACAUCACGAAUAGCUUCUGGAUCAACUAUUUCUCAUAUGGCAGGACAUUAUAUAAAGGAUUAUUCGAAAUAUUUUCCUCAUGCUGCUUAA